GUCACCAUAUACGGUGUCUUCGGCCUCGCCCAGGGACACUUGGGGACUCGAGGUCGAGUUCCAAGUCGGAGACAGGUUUUGCGAGUGGAGAAGACGAUGGAAGAUGGUGCCCCAAAGCAUAUCAUCCAAAUGACAGGAUUUAAGAUGGAAGAAAAGGAAGCUCUAGUCAAAUUACUUUUAAAACUAGAUUGCACUUUUAUUAAGAGUGAGAAAUACAAAAAUUGUACACAUCUUAUAGCCGAACGCCUAUGUAAGAGUGAAAAAUUUUUAGCAGCUUGUGCAGCAGGAAAGUGGAUACUAACUAAGGACUAUAUAAUUCAUAGUGCCAAAAAUGGCAGAUGGCUUGAUGAAACAACUUACGAAUGGGGAUAUAAAAUUGAAAAAGAUUCUGAUUAUUCACCACAAAUGCAAUCUGCACCUAAAAGAUGGCGUGAAGAACUGAAACGCACUGGCGCUCCAGGAGCCUUCCACAGAUGGAAAGUUGUCCUCCUUGUUAGAACUGAUAAGCGAAGUGAUUCUCUUAUAAGAGUUUUGGAGGCUGGAAAAGCAAAUAUUAUUUUACCAAAAAGUUCACCAAGUGGAAUUACUCAUGUGAUUGCCAGUAAUGCAAGAAUUAAAGCUGAGAAAGAAAAGGAUAAUUUUAAGGCUCCAUUUUAUCCAAUUCAGUAUCUAGGGGAUUUUCUUUUAGAGAAAGAAAUUCAGAAUGAUGAAGAUUCUCAAACCAGUUCUGUUUGGACCAAACAUAGCAAUGAAGAAAAAAACAAAGAUUUCAGGGACGAUGCAGGAUUUCUUGAAAUGAAAGGUGCCUUAAGAGAGACCAUGUAUAGAACCCAGAAAGAAAUGCAAAAUCAUGAUGAAGAUAUUAAUGUUGGUUCUAUUUUGACUGAACAUCACAAAAAAGAAAAAUCCAGUGGUUCCAGUAAAGAUUUGAAAUUUAUUAAAAUGAGAAAUACCUUUCGAAGACAUACAUAUGAAAAUCAGAAGGAAAUUAAGAGAAAAGAUGAAGAUAUUCAAAGGAGUUAUGCUUUGAGGAGAAAACGCAAGAAAGAAAAAGAAAGCGAUUGCAAAAAAGACGUUGAACAUGAAGAAAUUAAAAGUACCUUAAGAAGGCACAUGUAUUAUAGAGAUCAGAAAGAAAUGAAGAAUUCUAUUUUUGCUGAAUAUACCAAAGAAUCAAAAAACAUGGAUAUCAGGACAGAUGUGGAUGUUGUUGAAAUAAAACAUGCCUUAAGGAAGCACAUAUAUAGAGCUCAGGCUUUUAGACACAACUGCAUUAGAAUAGAUAAACAACUGGUGUACAAUAUAGAGGUUAAAAAUGCUGAAUUUCCCAGAGGUAUAUCAAAUUUAAUUGAAAGCCUCAUAGAAGGACAGUUUUUUAAAGAAGCAAUUGAGGAGCUUUCCACUUUGCAGGCACAUUAUAUCCCUCCUAUAUGCCUUCUUCAUGCCCUUCUAGAGAACAUUCUACAGGAUAACAUAGAUACAUUUUCUGGUCGAUACUUUCAUAUAUUGUCAGCUCUUCUUCACCUGCAUCCUCCUUGGAAGUCUCCAGCCAUGUCAAGAUAUUAUUUAGAGUUGUUUCAGUGUCCAACUUGCAUGAAAGGAGCAUGGUCUUUAGUAGAAGUGCUUAUCAGGUCCUGCCUUUUCAAUGAAAGUUUUUGUCAUCAGAUUUCAGAAAAUAUUGGCUCUAAGGUGCUCCACCUGACACUGCUCAAAUUUUUCUUUAAUUUAAUUGAAAGUGAAGUACAACAUCUGAGUCAAAAAUUGUAUGACUGGUCAGAUUCUCAGAGUCUGAAAAUAACAGGAAAGGCAAUGCUUCUUGAAAUUUUUUGGUCAGGAAGUGAAACCUCCGGGCUUUUGACCAAACCAGUAAAUAUGCUUUUGGAAUGGACUAUAUAUUCUCACAAGGAAAAAUGCAAGUCUAAUGAUGUCUUCAAACAUGAACUGGCUUACUUAUUGGCUGGAAUUCUUGGAGCAGCAAUAGAUUAUUGGAUCUUCCUUGGUCUUAAGAUGGGUAGAAAUGUGAUGCAACACAUGUCUGAUGACUUAGGAAGUUAUAUUUCUCUUUCAUGUGAUGACUUUUCUUCACAGGAAUUAGAGAUAUUUAUUUGCUCCUUUUCCUCCUCCUGGCUUCAAAUGUUUGUUGCAGAGGCAGUCUUUAAAAAGUUGUGUCUACAGAGCUCUGGCAGUGUUUCUUCUGAGCCACUCUCUCUUCAGAAAAUGGUAUAUUCCUAUUUACCAGCCUUGGGGAAAACUGGUGUGCUUGGGUCUGGAAAGAUUCAGAUAUCAAAGAAAAUAGGACAGAGGCCUUGUUUUGAAUCUCAGAGAGCCUUACUAAUGCUGAAUGGUACUAAACAAAACCAAGUCGAAGAGCUGCCAGAGUUACCGGACCUGAACCUUGCUAAAUGUUCCUCAUCAUUAAAAAAAUUGAAAAAGAAGUCAGAAGGAGAAUUGUCAUGUUCCAAGGAGAAUUGCCCCUCUGUAGUUAAAAAGAUGAAUUUUCACAAGACUAAUCUAAAAGGAGAAACAGCCCUGCAUAGAGCUUGCAUAAAUAACCAAGUGGAGAAAUUGAUUAUUCUUCUCUCUUUGCCAGGAAUAGACAUCAAUGUUAAAGACAAUGCUGGCUGGACGCCUUUGCAUGAAGCCUGUAACUAUGGCAACACAGUGUGUGUCCAGGAAAUUUUGCAACGUUGUCCAGAGGUAGAUCUGCUCACUCAAGUGGACGGGGUGACUCCUUUGCAUGAUGCACUGUCAAACGGACAUGUAGAAAUUGGCAAGCUGCUACUACAGCAUGGGGGCCCAGUGCUUUUACAACAGAGGAAUGCUAAAGGAGAAUUGCCCUUGGAUUAUGUGGUUUCACCUCAAAUCAAAGAAGAGCUAUUUGCUAUUACAAAAAUAGAAGAUACAGUGGAGAACUUUCAUGCACAAGCAGAGAAACAUUUUCAUUACCAGCAACUUGAAUUUGGCUCAUUUUUACUUAGUAGGAUGUUGCUAAAUUUUUGUUCAGUUUUUGAUUUAUCUUCAGAGUUCAUUUUAGCUUCCAAAGGGUUGACUUAUCUAAAUGAACUGCCUAUGGUUUGUAAAAGUCAUAAAGAAACCACCAGUGUUCAUACUGACUGGUUAUUAGAUAUUUAUGCUAGAAAUAUAAAGACAUUGCAGAAACUCCCACAUAUUCUUAAGGAACUGCCUGAGAAUUUGAAAGUGUGUCCUGGAGUACACACUGAGGCCUUGAUGAUAACGUUGGAAAUGAUGUGUCGGUCAGUCACAGAGUUUUCAUGAUGAUGCUAGAAAGUACGGAUUGAUGUUCUAAAAUUUAGUUCAACUUGCAUUGGCAUUUACUAUGGACAUCAUAGCUUGUGGACAGAUAGAAAUUUGAUUUAUUUAUUGACUAACUUUGCAGCCUUGCUAAAUUUUUAAAGCAUUUUUAAAAAAUCUUCUGCAAAACUCUAGUGUACUUCUGACUCUUUCCAGGGUUUAGAAUUUGACUCAAAAGUAAAAAUUAUUUUGUUUUAGUAUAUGCUAGUUUCAUUAAUCUUUAAUUUUUUUGUUAUGAAAGUGAUAUUAUAUUGUACAUGUAAAAUUAAUUUAAAUAUUUUUUUCCAAUCAAAAUGAAUGUCAUCUAUUCUAGAUGUUCUAGGUCUUAGAAUCAUGGCAAGGGUAUUCAUACAAAUGUGUACCUGUCAACUUGUAGCUCCUGACUCUUAUGGAUGGAUUUUGAGGAAAAAAUAAGCCUAAACAAAAACAUGUAGCUCCCUAUUUUUUCUCUGUAGGCUGUGGGACUGAAAUAUGCAUUUUAGCUUUAUGUGUUUCUAAAAUAAACAUUUCUCAAAUUUAUAGUAAUAAUUAAUAUUCUUUUGUUUAUAAUGCAGCAAGUAUGCAGUCUGACAGUUCUAUUCCUUGAUCUGUUUUAUUUUAGCAAUUCAUAUACAAGGUGUAUCUGUCACUGCUCUAUGUAACCAAUAUUCUGUAUCUGAAAACAUAUGCUGCAUAAGUUUAUGAGUUUCAUAUUAUGAGUGGCAUCUAAGUAAUAGAUUUGAGAUUUAAAGUCUUAAUAUAUAGUAUGAAUUUACUGAGUAGUAAUGUUUUAUUGUGCAGUUUUUCCUAAUAGCAGUUUAUAGUAAAACUAAAAGAAAGGGUGUGGAUAAUAACCACGUUUGAAGUUGAAGUUUCUUCACUAGUGGAACUAAGGUACAUUGUGGUACAGGUGGAAAAGAAACACUUCCAUUUACCUUUAAUGUAACUAAAGUGAUGACUUUACAGCAGUUAAUCUGCUAAAGCAACACACUUCAGUUUUAUCUUGGAAAUAGGUAUUUUAACAAGAUACAAAUACUCAGUAUCAUAUUACUGGGUUUAUAAUCUAAAUUGAAAACUGCUACAUCAGUAUGGAAAAAUAUUUUUUAAAAAGUAAUUUUUCACACAUACUCAAGAUAUACUACUUGUUUGUAUUUAGCCUUCAAAUUUGACAUCAUACAAAUCUUUUUAUUAUUAAUCCACCAAAGUAUCAGAGAAAAAAUGAUAUAAUGAAGACUAAGAAAAGUUUAAAUACUUAUAAUAGAGAGUAAAGUGCUUCUCCAGAUGAUGAAUAAGAAUAUUUUUAUUCCAAGGAGUACCUCUUUACUUCACUUGUAAAAGUGUCUAAGAUAGCAUUUGCUUGGUAAACUAAUAUAAACUUGUAAACAUACCUUGACAUCAUACACAUUUUCAAAUCCUUGUCUAGUUUCUUAAUAACUAAAUUACAAGGCAGAUUCUUUUCUGAGCUUUGGUUUUCUUACAUGUCAAAUAGAAAUCACACCAGGAUCUUUGUCAUGAUAGAAUUGUUAGCCAAUCACAUUAUAUGACACUUAAUAAAUAUUAUUUCCUUUCUAGUUCUUACCUCCUCUUUUAAUUGUAACGAGCUAUUUAGACCAAAGGCAAGGUAGUAAUUGUUUAAGUUGAUAGUAAUUCUAAGGUAAUUAAGUAAUCAACAUCAUGAGUUAGGGUUUUAUACUGUUAAGACAAAGUAGUUUUCUUAAUUAGAUGUUCAUAAGAUACAUUUGUUUAGUUGCAGUUAGCAUUAAUAUUUCACAAUUGACUGUUCUGUCUGCCAACUUCUACAAGCCAUGAUGACAUGAAGUAUGAAACAGAUGUCAUUGAGGUCUCUGCUUUUCAGAAGUUUUACACUUCUUUGAAAGUCCAACAUGGUAAACAUAGGUUACUGUGUUCUGUGCCCUGGCUAACAAUACCAGUAUAUGAGUAUGAAUUUAAAUUUUCAAUAAACUACUUCAUUUCCAAAAUUACUUUUUAUACUUUAUUUUAGAAAACAUAAUAACUGCCUUGAAUAGUUACCCAAAUCUAUCUUUAAGGUAUAGGAAGAAGAAAUUCUCAGUAAGUAAAGUAUAAUUCAUAAUCUUAGUCCUCGAUUUUCAGUUGCAGACUUUUCAAAGUUGCAGCUGAAGACAAGGUUGAAAAAUGCUUUUCUUCAUUGUAUUCUGCCAGAUGUGAUAUCAUAGCUCCAUGGAAUCAUAGUUUUUAAAAUAUCUAUAAGAGACCAUAUUAUACUGUAAAUAAAACUGGGGAGGAGAUUUCUGAGCAGUCAAAGAUUCAGCUUUUCCCCAUGCAGUGUUUACUAGCAAUUUCUUAGAAUCUCUUUGAAGUUAAGAGUUUUGUAGGUUGUUAAUUUUUAAUUUCACUUUGCAGAAUAGUGGUCCAAGUAUAUACAUAUUUUGUCAUUUUACUCAUUCCAAGAUGACCAGAAAAACAUUUAUCAUAAAAGUCAAAUGUGAAGUUAAUUCCUGUGAAUUCAGCAUUUCUUGAACACCUACUCUGAACCAGGGGGUGUGCUUGAAAAGGGCUAACUAUAAAAAAAGGAAAGGCUCACAGCCUAGGAAGGUAAAUAAGGCUUAAGUAUUGUGAGUUUUAUUAUCUUUAUUUAUUAUCUUCUUUAUUAAUUUCAGUUUUGUAUGUUUCUAAAAUUUUCAGUAAUAACUGGUGUUCUGUUUUAGUUAAUAAAUGUGAAUAUUCAAGUGUCCAGUACUUCAAUCCUUUGAUGAGUAUUAUUUUAGCAAUGUUGUUUUAGAGUGGAAAGGAUGUAGGGUGUGCUUUUGCAGUCUUAGUAUUCUUAAGCAAGCACAAAUGGAUAACACUAAGAUACUUUAUAUAACCUCCAGAAAAUAUCUGCCAUUUUUGUUUAUGCUGCUAUAGAAAGUUAAAUUAAAUGAAUACCUUCACAUGAAAAAAAAAUUGGUGGAAUGUGCAAUCCUUAUGCCUUUAUACACAUUUCCAGUUAAGCUGCGAACUUGAUGAGAGCCUGUCACUGUUGCUCCUUAAUCAGUAGGAAGGGGUCAUCCUUGAGUGACAUGAGGCAUUCUUUCCCUUAGGCAUUUAUCACGUAGCUUUCACGCCAAUUGCACCUCCUGCUGACGUGGAGCUUGCAAAACUAGGAAUGAUAAUUGUUUUUAUAACAAAUGUGGAUUGAGUUAGAAAGGUCAGUGGUAGCAUUAUUGGAAUUAGGCUCUGCCUGGUGUUGUCAAAACAGGAGACAUGAAAUAGUUAACUAUUCCCUGUAAAUCAAAUUACGUUAUCAGAAAAUUCACCUUAUAGGUUAAAAUGAACUGUAGCUGGAGAAUAUACUUUGGUAGUUAGUUAUUUGCUGAUAUAUAUUUUUAAAUUAUUAUAGGCUAUAAAUUAAUUAGAAAAGGUUGAAAUGUUGUUUUACUUAGUUCUGAGCAUACAAUUUCAAGGUAAUGCAAAUCGUACGCAAAGACCUUUUCAAAGGAAACAAAACAGUUUUAAAAUCAUUGAUCGUUAGAUGUUUAAAAAGAGUUUGUCCUCUUAGAGUAAAUGCUAAUCUUACAGAACAUCUAAAAGAUGUACAAGCUGUUCCUAAUACUUUUUCUUUUUGAAUUUAUUACUAUAGGUCUUUUUUUUAGUGUAAGUAUAUAGUUUUGAUUAUAAAUAACCUUAAAGUAUGUUUUUAUAAAGCUGAAAUACAAUCCUUAGCACUAGAUACAAGUGAUUUUUUUUUUUGGAAUAUUACCUUUUUUGUUUUUGAAGAGAGAUUGAUUAUCUCUCCCCACCCCCUUUUUAAAACAGAAGUAUAAUGAACUCUCCUCUGCGUUUUUAACUACUUGCGGAAUUACAACUACAAUAUUAAGUCAGCAAAGUGACUAUUUAUUAAACAGUAUUCCUAAUAAGUAUGUAGUAUUAUAUGUAAUAUAUAAUAUUGUAUUGCCUUUAACAAAUAUAAACCCCCAAAAGCCCUUAUUCAAGUAUUUAUAAAUAGUUAUUUCCAAUUAGAAUUAAAACAUAUACUUCCCAGUUAGUCAUUUUUAUAUCAUGGCCCUCAAAUCUUUUUAGAUGUUGAACUCAGAUUUGGUAGAUCUAAUCCUCUUCCUUGCCAAGGUAUCUGAGUUGGAUCAAGUGAACAUUAAUGCAUUAUGGAUGUUAAACAUUAAUAGAGAAUGGCUCAGUAGUUUGGGACAUACAAUUUCAUUCUACCAAAGAGCGGAAGUUAAAAAAAAAAGAAAAAGGUUUACUACUUAACAAAAAGAAAGUUCACUGAACUGAAAAUCUGGAAUCCAGCUUUGCAUUUGCACCUGUCAUACUAUUGUUUAUUUUGAUAGUAGAUGAACUAAAAUUACCACCGCUUCCCUAUUCUGUCUCAAAGUGAAAUAAAUAGUAAUGUUAAGAAAUCAUUGGCCGGGCACGGUGGCUCACGCCUAUAAUCCCAGCACUUUGGGAGGCCAAGGUGGGUAGAUCAUGAGGUCAAGAGAUCAAGACCAUCCUGGUCAACAAGGUGAAAUCCCGUCUCUACUAAAAAUACAAAAAUUAGCUGGGCAUGGUGGUGCGUGCCUGUAGUCCCAGCUACUCGGAAGGCUGAGGCAAGAGAAUUGCUUGAACCCAGGAGGCGGAGGUUGCGGUGAGCCGAGAUCAUGCCAUUGCACUCCAGUCUGGGUAACAACAGCGAAACUCUGUCCAAAAAAAAAAAAAUCAUUAAUCUUAAACUGUUGGCAGAUGAAAAUAACUUAGUUUGUUGUCAGUGACUUCUCAACCUAAAGGUUAGAUCAGCAGUGGUUUAUGUGAUGACUCUUGAUAAAUUUUUCUAAUGACCAAAAUUAUUUGAUUUAUAAUAGUUUUUUUUUGUUGUUGUUGUUUAAAGGAAUAUAUAUCCUGGUUAUCUGGCUUCAUCCUAAAGAUGCAUUUUUCUACUUUGCAUUAUUUCCUUUUUACAGCAUUAGACAUAAAAUUAUAGAGUAAUGAGUAAAAUCUAGUAAAAUUAAAAUGUGUGUUUUAAAGAACUUUCCAUGAAAACUUAAAAGCAGAAUUGUAAAGGUGAAAACUGGGCAAGAGGAUGGGGGCAAAAGUGAUUAAGAAUCAUUCUGUUUAAAGGAAUCCCAAGGGUAAAGAUUUCUAGGUACUGUUUAUUACAUUGAUUGAAGUUAGUGAAGGUAUAAAAUCAGUCUUACAGAAAGCAUGUAGACUAAUCUAAGAAAUAAACUGGGUCUUUGAAAUUUUUAAAUAAUAUUUGAUAAACCAAAGGUCCAGAUAAUUGUUUUAUAGAAGGUUUUUUUUUUUUUGUUAAAAUUCAAUUUAAUCAAAAAUAAAGAAUAAUAAAAUUCUGGUUCUAAUAGUAUCAGAAUCAGGCUAGAUUUUUUUUUACUGUUUUAAAAAACAAUUGACACAUAGUAAUUGUACAUGUUUAUUUGAGUACAGUAUGAUGUUUCAAUACAUGUGUACAUUGUAUAAUGAUAAAAUCAUAGUAGUUAACCUGUCCUUCAUGUUAAACCUUUAUAAUUUCUUUGUAGUAAUAAUGUUUAAAACCCUCUUUUCUAGCAGUCUUGCAAUAUAAUACAUUGUUAUUAUCUGUAGUCACCCCACUAUAUAAUAGAAUAUCAGCACUUAUUCUUCUUAAUCUAACUUUGUAGCCCUUGAGACCAUUGUCUGUCCAUCUUCGCCUUCCCUCCCUUUCCCUUCCCAACAUCUGGUAACUGCCAUUCUACUCUUUACUUAUAUGAGAUCAACUCUCCCAGAGUCCGCACAUAAGUGAGAUCAUGUGGUAUUUGUCUUCCUAUGAGAAAAAGGCUGUUUUGAAUAGUAAUACUGAGUCCUUUCUCACAGGCAGUUCUUGUAUCUCAUUUCUUAUUUUCUUAUCAUUUCAGUUCUUUUACACUCCCAAAAAUACUGUUAAGUUUGUACUUAGCCAUGUUAUUGGAGGAGAUGGACUUACAGAAAGGUUGAAAGCUAUUUAUUAAAAGUCGUUGGACCUUUUACCUAAAUAUCAUUUUCCUUUACUAAUUUUAAUAUUUUAAAAAUUGCAAGUAAAUGUUAUUAAAAAUUAUUUCCUCAGCCAGAUAUGCCUGUAGUCCCAGCUGCUUGGGACACACAUGCCUGUAGUCCCAGCUGCUUGAAAGGCUGAGGCAGGAUGAUCAAUUGAGCCCAGGAGUUCAAAGCCAACCUGAGCAACAUAGUAAGACUAAGUAUAAAUAGUAAUGUGUGUGUGGGUGUGUGUGUGUGUGUGUGUGUAUACACACACAUACAGAAUAUAUACAUGCACACACAUACACUCUAAAUUACAUAAGGAAAAAGAUUGUAAAUAAAACCAUUACUUAUAGUAAUUGUCUUUAUGUGAAAAAAUUUUGGAUAUUUCUUUUUCACUUCUCCAGAUUUCUUUGUAAUAAUUUGUAUUUGUUUAUAAUACCAGUAACGAAUUUAUUUUGAAAGUAAUACUCCUGAUUUAAAUAAGAAUCAGUCCCUGAAACUUUUCUAAAGUUGUCUUACUUAAACUGGCAUCUACUGGAUUUUUAAAAGGUAAACUACAGUUUUAAUAUGCUAUUUCUUUAAGGUUGGAUAUAAUUUUAAAUAUACUUAAUAUUAUCUAACACAGAUAUCAAAUAAUACACUAUACUGUGCUCCUUUUUUGAACAUGAAUCUGACCUAUCACUUAACUGAUAAUGUUUCUCUGGUCUUUGUUUUAAGCCACUUCAAAAUGGAGCCCCAAGUAUGUUGAGUGGGAGUUGGAGGUGUAUCACUCUUUAGUAGUACUCUUAAGUGGCUAAAGAGUAAGUUUUAUCUUGCAGAAUCAUAACGUAUGAUAACAUAUCUUUACUUUCUGAUAUUAGUGUUUAUGGAACCUGAAGAAUUACUUGUUCUCUCUCUAAUGAGACUUUUUCAGAUUUGACAUAGAAAAGCGGAAGAAAUUGGGUAGAUUAAAUGAUAGCUACAUUUAUUCAAAGAUUGUACCUUAAAUGGCCUUGAAAGGAUACUAUUAUAUAAAGAAUUUUUCUCUUCUAUCAUCAAUCUGAAAAAAACUCACUGUAUAAUUUAUCUGAAAAAAUAUCCACUUUGUAACAUAUUAUUUGCAAUAUUAAUGCAGACACAAACAACCCUCUGUUGAGAGAAUUCUGAAGAGUGUCUUACCACAGUUCUCCAGAGCAUGUUAUUUUGCACCUCUUCUCGGAAGGCUGGCGAAAUAGCUUCUUGUAAGGUACUCUUUUAAGUACUAAGAACAGUUUUUUUACAGUUGUAUUAUAUAAAUAUUCUGUAUACCUACAUGGUAACUAUAGUACACCUGAUAGCAUCAAUCUGGUUUUUUUAGGGGAAGAUUUCUUACCUACUGGUCAGGGCUGUUGUUACAGUCAUGGGAAAUCAAGUACAUAUGCAUUUAUAUGUACUACGUGUCAAAUAGAUAGCAUCAUAGUGUACAAGAUUGGAUGGUGAAUACUUGAUACCCCAAUCCAAAAGUCAUUGUAUUUUGCUCUUGCUUAAAUUACCAAGUGCUGAUGUUUUGAUUUUUUUAAAAGUUUUUCUCUUCUGCAAAUGUAUUUUUUUUAAAGUGAUGGUUAGCAACUUUACACAGAUAAUGGAACAUCACAAUCUGUUUAAAAACUCCUUCAUCAGAUUUGCUAGCGUGUUUUGUGGAUUGUUGCUUGUGUGCUUCAAAGACCCUCCUAUGGUUUGCUAGUUCUCUGUUAAUGGAAACUGAAGUUUAUAAGAGUUUUAGGACAAAGGUAAGAGUUAGGUAUACCAUUGUGUUUUUUUCAUCAGAAAUUGGUGUUAGCUAUUUCCUCUAUUAUAAAACAAAGAUGACAAAAUUACAAACAUACUCCACCUUGUGUGAUAGGAAAUAGAUACUUCUAUCUUUGUAAAGUUUUUCUAAGAGCUUAUAAGUUUUUGACACCAAUAAAUUGUUUUCCAUGGUUGCAGUGUUACAAGGUACAGAUUUUGACUUGUUUUCAUAAUUACUGUAGAAAAGAAGAAUGUUUUGUGGGCAGGUAGUUAUAAGUUUCAGUUCUCCAAUAGCUUUAUUGAAAAGGGUUCUUUGAACUUGGAACAAAUAUUGUCAUAUCCUUCCCCUUGUCUCUCUUCUGUGGUCCAGCUGUCUCUGUAUCAAUGCUUGACUAUUCUAAGGUGUCUCUAGUAAUGCAAAAAAACAAGUAUGAGUAAGUAUGUGUAGUUAGGCCAGGUGUGCUCCUUUUUCUAUGAAUUUAGCAUUUCCUCCAAACCUGUCACCAUUUGAACUCUGGCAAAAUAAAAUCCCUCAAAUAGACUCAAGCAAUUUUGAGCUUGUCUUUAACUAGAAAGUGAAACUGAACCUAUAUUAUCAUCUUUCUUCACUAGUGGGAGCAACAAUUCUACUCAGCCAGGCUUCAGGAUCUCCUUAAAUAUAUUCCUUCAGAGAAAAUAAGGUAGUUUUUAGGUUCACUCAUUGACUCAGGUUGGCCACUCCUUUUAUCUUUGGAAGGAACAUUGAAGAAUCUGUAGUAAGGGAUAAUUGCAAUGCAAUUUUAAUUUUGCUACAUACUGAAAAAACUUAGGCACAGCUACUUACCUAAACUAUUUCUGCUUUCCUUGAAACAAAUCUUUCUGCCUAAUAUAGUAGCACUUAAUUGACUAAAGCAGAACAGCAAUGUACUUUGGUUACUUUUUAAAAAAUGGAGUAAUAUUUUUCACUGACAUUUGGUGGUACGGAUAACCAUCAUAUAAAUUUAAAAACCUAUCUUUACAAAAACACUGCUUGUGCAUGUAAUAGAACACUUUUUUUGUUUGAAUUUUUGGUUUGUUUUUUUUUUUUUUUUUAAGCUUAUGAUGUCAAGGAAGAGCCCAAUAAAUUGAAAUUCAUUUGAGAUCAGUUAUAAUUUUUGCUAUUUUUUUAUUCUUAACUCACAUCCUUCCUUGGAAAAGCACAGAUAGAAUCAUUAAGUUCCAGCAAAACUUUCAUGGUGCUCCUACUUUCUACAUUAUGUGAUUUCUUUGGAUGUUCAAUGGUUUUUAUUUGCAUAGUAUUCUUUUUUAAUGAGAUUUUUCAAGAUUAUUUAUCAAAUUUUAACCAUUCAGCUAAAGUAAAUCUUAUGUGACUGCCUCUGUACAAAUUGCCACUCUAUAAAUAAUAGAAACUGAGGUACCAGAGGGGAACAUUUUCACC